AUGCCCUUAAAAUGCUCUGAAAUUGCAAGCUUUGUGCCGUACACCAUUGCUUUACCCCAACGGAAUUUAUCAGUGGUUGUAGUUAAUGACGGACCACUAAAGCUGAUCAUUUCGAUGCUAUAUACCAGAAGUUUCAUAUUAUAUGAAAUGAUGUGUGCCCAUCGAAAGGUUCAUAUUAUAAUGGAUACUUUGCGUGUACUAUUCUUUGUGACGCUAGCCUCCCAUGUGGAAACAGCUGCUCCUGUAUGGUCUAAUUGUCCCAUGAAUAUAGAAGUAAAUGCAACCACAGGUUCAAACAAUGCUACAGUCACGUGGACAGAGCCAACAGUAUCAGAUGACGAGACACCAUUUAAUCUACUUAUUACAGAUACUUAUUAUUCCCCGGAAUUACUUGCUGCUAAUGUAUUCUUAAUUGGAGAAACUGAGGUGCGGUAUGUUGCCACAGAUGAAGUUCCGCUUUCUAGCUAUUGUACUUUUACUGUCACAGUUUUAGACAACCAAGACCCAGUUAUUGAUGGUUGCCCAGGUGACUACACAAACACUACUGAGGUUGGAUUGCCGUCAAGCGUCGUUUCCUGGACAAGUCCCACGGCAACUGACAACUCGGGAGUGAACCCUGUCGAAAAAAAAAGUUACAUGUCUGGUUCAACAUUUAUCAUUGGAACAGAGGACGUAAUAAUAACAUUUACCGAUGACUCGGAUAAUGUCGCAACUUGUCAGUUCAGCAUAACAAUAAAUGAUGAAGAGGCUCCAACAACUUCAAACUGUCCAACCGUGGAUCUUGAGAUCAUACCAGGAAGUGUUAGUAGUGUUUCUGUGAAUUGGGAUGAACCAUCGUUUGUGGACAACUCUGGUGAAACUCCAAGUGUUACAAAAACCCAUAAUCCAGGAGAUUUUUUUGAUAUUGGUGAAACAAUUGUAGUGUACAAUGCUACCGAUGCGUAUUUGAACAAGGGUUAUUGUGAGAUUAACAUCACAGUAGUCCAAGAUACUGAGGCGCCUGUAUUUACAUUCUGUCCAAGUGACACGGUUGUAGACACUCUCGAAAACAAGAACUAUUCCAUUGUAAAUUUUACUGUACCGGUGGCUAUCGACAAUAUUCAGUUACUGUCAGUAGGGCAAGCAAUAACAAAUUACAACCCUGAUGGAGAUAUUUACUACAUUGGUACAACCACAAUUCGUUACUUGGCUUUAGAUGAAGUGAACCAACCCACAUACUGUACCUUCAGUAUCACCGUUGAAGGCCGGAAUACGCAGUAUUUUUUGCCGAGCUCAAGAUUCCAUCUUACAGUGAAUAUCACACCCACCCAGCUUGAAAAGCUUGAUGCCCUGUCCAAUAGGUUCGUCAAAUUAUGGUUUGGCAUGCCCAGAUGUGCUACUACUGUAUGGCCUUCAUUCACAUGCCCAAGGAAUUUGACAUUCCCAACAUUUCUGAACUCUACAAAGAAUGCCAUCUCAUUGUGCAUCUCUCUUCCAGAAUUAAGUCUGGUGCGAUCGUAA